AUGGCCUCUACCAGUACAAUCGCGAUCGGCGUGCUUGCGGUUGUCCUCGCCUGGGUAUAUUCGAACAUUUCAGGUCUUUCUAAAAAUAUAGCUGCAGCGAAACGCAGUGGUUUGCCAUAUGUCAUCUCACCUAUCGGUCCCUAUAAUAUAAUAUGGCUUAUAACGCACCAGCUAUGGCUUCCAAUACUCCAAAGCCUACCCACGGCUUGGACGGAGGAUUGGCUUCCUUUUAUGAUACCAGACUGGAUGUGGAAAUUGCUAUUCGAACCCGUCAAGAGAAGUGGCGAUGUCCUUAUCACAGUAUCGCCUGGUACAAUGUAUGUUUGGGUCACAAAUGCUGAAGCUAUGCAUCAAAUCACCGCAAGGCGCGAAGCCUUCCCGAAGCCGCUCGAGCCGUACCGCAUACUCGAACUGUUUGGCAGGAACAUAAUUACAACGGAAGGGGGGGAUUGGAAAAAGCACAGAAAAGUAAUAUCACCGGGCUUCAACGAGAAGAACAAUGUGUUGGUCUUCGCUGAGGCAUGCGACCAAACGCAGGGAAUGCUACGGAAGUGGACGGGGCCCAGCGGGGUUGGAAACACCACGCUUAAUAGUGUGCCCGACGAUACAAUGAGCUUGACUCUACGUAUCAUAAGCAGCAUUGGAUUUGGAGUGCGCCUUUUAUGGCCCGGAGAGGCUUCGACAGAGGGGCAGGGUGGGGCGGGAAUAUACAGCAGCAAUCAACCUCCGGAAGGAUAUUCCAUGACGUUUGAAACCGCGCUGAGCACAUUCCUCGACCAUAUCCUUAUGGUAAUGCUAACACCACACUGGCUGUUGAAACUGUUGCCAUUUCAAAAAGCACGGGUAGCUUACGAAUCCUUUGUCAACUGGCGUCAAUACAUGAACGACCUAUUCGCUCAAAAGGUUGCAGAAACCCGUGAAGGCCAAAGAAUUGAAGGUAUGGAUAUCAUGGGCUCACUCGUGAGAAGCUCAUAUAGCGCGAAGAGCGAUCCCAAAAGGGACGCUGCUCAGAUACAUUUGUCCGACUCGGAUAUUUUGGGGAAUGCAUUUGCGACGCUCGUUGCAGGACACGAAACCACCGCAAAUGCAAUUCAUUUCUCAUUAAUGGAGUUGGCUAUUAAUCCGAGACCCCAGCGGCUUGUGCAAAAAGAGAUCCAGGCCAUAUUUGGGGACUUGCCGCCUGAGAAAUGGGACUACGAUUCGAGUAUCAACUCUCUGCUCGGUGGUGUGUCGGGUGCUGUUUUAAACGAACAGCUUCGCUUGAUGCCUCCUGUCAUAGCUAUUCCAAAAUCGGUGUCUGACGAACGCGACCAAGAUCUCAUUAUCGACGGGAAGAAGUACACGCUCCCCGCUGGUGCUCAGAUUGCAUUGAAUACGAUCGGUGUGCAUAGGAAUCCAAGAUACUGGCCAACACAACCGUCUAAGGUUACUGAUGGGGCUGAUGAUCUCAAUGAUUUCAGACCGGAGAGAUGGCUCAUGAAAGUGGACGCGGCAGCCGACCAGCUGAUAGAUAAUGAUGAUUCGGAGGCGGAGGACGGCGAUGGCUUUGGGGGGUUUACAGGUAAAAGCUCUCACGCACGAUUAUUCAACCCGGUGCGAGGUUCAUACCUUCCCUUCUCUGACGGUCCGCGGUCAUGCGUCGGGCGGAGACUGGCGCAGGUAAAAAUUAUGGCGACAUUUGCUGUUAUUUUUCAAAAGUACUCCAUCGAACUAGCUGUUGAUGAGUGGGCAACUGAUGAUGAGGUGGCGAAGAUGUCGGACGAGGAAAAGAGGGUGUUAUACAGAAAAGCGCAAGACAAAGCUCGCAGUACUUUGAGGACCGCUAAUUCCGUUAUCACAUUGAAGUUGCAUCCAGGAUUUAUACCAGUUAGAGUAGUUAGGAAGGGAGAGGAGAGGUUUGUAAAGAUUAUAGAAUAG